AUAAUAAAAAUAAUUUACGGAUAUAAUAAAAUAAUUUCUAGUGUAAAACCCUGCUGUUUCGCUUGCGACUCUGUGCUGCUUCUACGCCGUCCGCGUCAGCGCCGUCUGCUAUCGCCCACCGGCCGUCGUCGACGCUCCUCCAGUUCGCCGCUCCACGUCGAGGUUGGAGAAUCAACACAGUUAAGGAAUGAAAUUUCUUAGAAACGAUGCCCGAACAAUCGUGUCGCAUCUUAAACGCCAAGAGAAACAGAUUAAACUUAAGAGGAGGUGGUUAUUGGGCAUUCCUUCCACAAAAUCUGAGAGGAAGAAGUUGGACAAGAUUUUCAAAAAUAGCUAUAUGCCUGAAUCUAUACUCAGGGAAGAUGAUAUAUUUUAUGAGUCAGUGAGAACUCAUGUUGAAGGUGCCCUUGGAGCACAAAGCAUUGAAAGAGAGAAUCAUGUUCCAUUGGAUGAUAUGCAUUUGACGCAAGUAUCGGAUAUGAAAAGGUUGAUAUUAUCGUGCCUUAACAAAUUGACCACCAAGGGUCUACACCGUCUUGCUAUGAUAGUUACUGGUGGCUCAAUCGAGUCUGUGAUAACUCGUGGCAAUUUGAAAAUGAUUAUCAAGGGUUCUCUUUCAAGUGUUCUGAGUAGCAAAAGCGAUAACCAUCAGCAAAGGGAAACUCGUGGACAGCUUUUUCAACUUCUCAGCGAUCCACAGCAUUUUCGAGAUAGGUCUGGGCCUUUGCCUGAAUUAAGAUACCAAUUCUAUCAUGCUUCUGUAUCCAAGGUAUUGGAUGAACUUCCAAGCUUGCCAACUCAAACCUUGAAUGCAAUGCGUAUGAAACUUAAAGGAAAAAAAGCACCCAUACCUCAGUUACAACCCUGCAAACAUGGAUGGGAUAGGGACCAUCUAAUGAAGCUAGUGAAUAAUAUGAGUAGGAAGAUGCUUUCACAACAUGAUAGAGGAAAUGAGCUACAGGAGCCAUUAGCUAAAGCCAUGGCAGUAGCAGACUUAUCGCUACAAGUGACAAAUGGUGAUCGCAGCAUAUUUUCAGAAGAAUUUUAUCAAUUCUCACCUGAAGUAAUGUCCUUACAGAGUGAUAUUAUGAAUGCUAUAUGGUCUGUUAAAAAAGUAGUUACGGUGCUACAGCUGAGAGAUCUACAGUGUCGCAUAGAACCAAAGGCUGUAAUAUCAAAUAGGAGCUUACGGACAGCUUUUGCAAAUUUUUUGACUGAAUUUCUUUAUGAGUGCAGUGAUAUGGAUAGCAUUCCGAAGUCUCUAUCACAGAUCCUAGAUGUUAUUAAUAAGGGCUCUGAUAGCAACAUGGAAAAUGCAUCAUUGCAUAAGCAUAUCGAAGAAGAAGUUGAUUGCAUACUAAGUGUGGGUGCUCAGACAAAACAAAUUGUUUUGGAUUUGUUGCCUGAAGGUGAAUUUGAUCAAGACUUCACUGAUGCUUAUGUGGAGCAACAAGAAGAAAGUGAUGACAACAGUGAUGAUGAGCAUGAUGAUGAAAAUCGACUUCAUGAGGAUAGACAAUCGUUAAAUGGAGCAUUUAGUAUAAUGGAUUCAAACUAUGAAGCAGAAAGUAUUGGCGAUUCUGCACCAUUUGAGACCCAUCCUUCUACCCCUAUGACUGUGGAAAAUGUUUCAUCUUGCCCUCUUGCAACCUGUGAAAAGUUGAACAGUGAUUCUGAAAACCUUCAACCUAAGAACUUUGGUGCAGAAAAUUUGGAAUCCAUGCCCAGCAAGUACAAUGCAUGCAAGAACCAAUACCUUGCUAUCCAAGAUGCUUGUGAUAAAACAAGUAUGCUUGCAUAUAAUAUUGCAGGUCAUAUGUUGGAGGAGUUUGCCAUAACUGAAGGCCGAGAUUUAAACUCGAGCAGUACUUUAUACCUCAGUGGUGAUAAUCAAAUUGAAGAUCGGGAAGAAAUAAAAGAACCGUCAUCAUUUGGGAAACAUACAAUGUAUUCAACAGUUGCUCGAAUAGUUAAAGAGCUGAGUCCUUCCUUUCCAGACAGAAGCAUGGAGAGACUGAAGAUGUUGAUGAGCUUAUGAUUAUGGAACUCUAUCAGGAUCAAACAAAGGACCAUUUUCAAAUGGUUUUGCAUUUUUGGAUCAAGUUUACCAGUUGUGAUUUGUUUAGGAAGAGCUUUGCUGUUUCCCGCCAAGUAAUUUGUCAAAUAUGAGUCUCUAUCAAUUCUUUGCUAUAACAUAUAUAUAUAGUUAUUGUAAAAAUUAAGUCUCGAUCAAUACGAAAAGCUUAUGCA